AUGCCCGUCAAUUUUCCAUUUACCUUCAGUUUCAAUGUUCCCGGACUCACAAAUCCUUUUGUACCACCGCCUCAGACUCCAACGCGUCGUCUGAACACCAGAGACGAUGAGCGGAUCAGGAGCCGGACUGUCAAUACAACAGCCCCUCUACCCACGGAGGACAAGUUCCAACGCCGACGUCCGAUACCGAGCCCUUCUCGGACUCCUCUUCCUCCUUUAUCUAGGAAGAGAGCUUGGGAUCCUGCCUUUGCGUCCCCCAGCGAAUCUGCCGCAACUCUCGCGUCGACGAGUGGCUAUAUCGAUACCCCAGCAAAGUACAGAGCCAUGGCUGCUCAGCAGACAAGAGGCACUAUCAGUAGGGACGAUUUCCAUCAAGUGGAGUACGUAGACGAAGAUGCUGUUGCAGAACUCCCGCCUGCUAAGCGUCGUCGCGGCCUCGCUGGAACAAUCGUCUCCACCGCCCUUAGUGCUGCCCUCAUCGGAACGGCAGUAGGUUUAACCGUCUACCGAUUAUGGAGAGAUCGAGGCAAGGAAGCAGCAGAACUACCACCCCCUCCCUAUCAACAGGGCGGCUGGACCCCCGUUGACCAGCAGCAGCCCCAGCAAUCCCAAAUCGAAGAGCCAAAGGCCAUACAAGCUCCCCCAACUACCCCUCGCAGUCGCAAAACGCGACAUGUUGCGGGAUCCACACACAAACGCCAUCGCCCACGCCCCCGUACACAUGCACAACAAGUCUUCGCCCCCGUCGCUUCCACAUCCAGGGCUCAGGCCCUUACUGCACCCCCACCUCCAGAAUUCGACUUCACCUCCACUGCCGACGACCCCGUCGACGAGCAGAUGGAUUGGAUUGGCGACAAGCUCGCCAAGCUGAUUGAAGAGGGCAAGAAGGCCCUUGGAAAGGAAGUUGUCGUCAUGAGCGACGCUAAGGAAGAUGAGGAAGACGAUGGUAGCGGUGCCUGGGAAGAAGAGGAUGACCAUCUAGCUUCUCCCACCCGCAAAUCUCUUUCUCGUCGAAGCUCACGUCGACAGCUGAACCCCCCUACCGCUCUUCAAUUCACCCGUUCCCCACCACCCUCAUAUUCCCCGCCUGCUAUUGCCGCUAUAUCCUCAGCUCCCUAUCACUCCACACAUUUCGAACCGUCCUCCUUCGAUUCCUCUCCUCGGUCUCUUCCUCACACUCCCCCUUCACGACCCUCUCACGUACGCGGCGUUUCCGUCGAUGCGGAAUUGGGCUUCAACCACCGUGGAUGGAAAGAAGAGGAAACGACCUGGGAGAGCCCAGAGUUACGCGAAUCUAUGUCUCGUGCGCGAGCUAGAUUCGCUCGUAAUACCAACGGUGGGACAUAA